GGUAUAAUAAAAAUUUUCUUACUUCUUUUUGUAAUAAAAAAUAUGGAAGGAAGUUCAAGUCAGAGUGGAAAUUCUUCUACCAAUACUGCUUCUGGUAGCUUAGAAAAUAACGACCCUGUUUCAUAUAAAACGAUUUUGUAUGAAAAUAUGUCCAACAAUCGUAUCCUUCUCAAAUUAGAAGAGGAUGAAUUCAUUACUCCAGAUGAAAAAGUAGAAGAACUUUUAAAAAAUCUAACUAAACCAAGUUAUUUGUAUGCACUUAAAUUACUUUUUGAAAAUUUACAAAAUGAAUUUUCGUCUCAAGUUUUAGAAAAUUCAUUAGAAGCUUUAGUUGAUACUUCUUUUAAACAUUAUUCAAAAGAAAGUGUAGCUAGAUUGGAAUUACAUUUAAGAAUUUUGGUUACUGUUUUAGAACGGAUAUGUUUUUCACCAAUAGUACUUAGUAAAGAACUUCGAGAUAAAGUUUAUAAUUCUUUAGCAAAAUUUGCAGAAAUUCAUCGUAAAACAACUCAGGUUAUCGAAAUAGGACUUGAUAAUAAUUUUAGAACAAAUUUUAAUCAAUUCAAUCAACAAAAUAAUGAUCAAAUUGCAAUUAAAAAGCGUAAUUAUAAUAUUGAUUUUUUAUUAAUCCAUUUACGAGAUACUCUUCAUAGUUUACGUGAUGAUGAAACUUGGUUUCAAGAAAUUAUACGAAGAACUAAAGAUUUUCUUAAAGCUGCAUUAAAUAUUACGCCAGGAAUUUUAUCAAUAGCAGGAGUUACUCUACCAAAUGAUAAUUGUUCAAUCUUAUCAAUGCUUACUCAAGUACGUCAGAGUUUAAGUUUUAAAUAUCCAGUAGCAUCUUAUUAUGUAGAUUGGAGAAUUAUGUUAAUAAUUCAACAUAAUCUUUUCAUUUGGUCUGAAAGUGAAAAGAUUAUAAGUAAAAAAUUUGGAGAAUUAGUAUUAAUGGAAUAUAUUUGGAGUUUUUUGGAAAGAGAAUGGGUUAAUGCUGAGGACAAAUCUAUUUUAGAUUCUCAAACAAAAUUUGAUGAAGUAUCAAAUAAAGUCGCUAAAGCUUUGAAAAAUACUGGAGGCUUUUUAAAUGAACUUGCUGGAAAUGAACCUAUAGCACUACCACAUAUUUUGUGGUUUGGAAUAUUAGAUCUUGCACAAAAUCUUAUCCAAAGAUCAUCUCGAAUAGCAACAUAUGGUCUUUGUUAUUAUUUAGCAAUUGAAUCACUUAAUAAAGCACCAAGCAGUUUUAUUCAGUUUAAAUCUAUUGAAUUAUUAUUACAUUUAUAUAAUAUUGAUAAUAAAAUGUUUUCAAUGAUUGAAAUUGAUUUUGAUCAAUACACACAAAAAUUAAGUGAAAAUAAUUUGGAAGAUUCUUUAGAAAAAUUUCGAAAUUUAUUAACUUUUGUUAAAGAGAAAUACCAUGAAGAUUUAAAAAUUCUAAGUAAUAAUACUGGAAAAGAAAAAGAGGGAAAAGGAAAAAAAUCAAAUCAAAAUUCAUAUUUAAAGAAAGAACAAAUAUCAAAUUCUAACAUUUUAGAUGUUAUAGCAGAUGAAAUUACUUGUCCAAUUAAUAGUGAACCAACGGAUCAAUUAUGUAUUUUAAAAUGCCAACAUAUGUUAGCAUUAAACAAUUUAAAAAAGUUGAAGCAAAAAAUAUGUCCCAAUUGUCGAGAAAAAAUUGAAGAUAAUGAUAUUAGAUAUUUAUCACAAAAUUCAAUUUAUAAAAAUUUAUAUACAAAAUUUUUUGAAUCUGGACAUAUUUUACCUUCAAUUGAAUUAGAAAAUUCCGAUCAAUUAUAUGAAACUGACGAUUCAGAUAAUUCAGAAGUUGAACUCAUAUUAACUAAAAAAAAGAAAUUUAUGAAUCCAAUUAUUAAAUUUAAUUCAAAAAUAUCAUCCUCAAUACUUUCAAGAAUUACAAAAAAACAACAUCCAACAUAUCAAAAUAUUAUAAAAGAAAUAAAUGAAAAAAAUUAUGAAAAAGCUGAAUCUUUAUGCAAAGAAUUUAUAAAUUUUUUUCCUAAAAGUUAUUCAUUAAGAUGUAUUUUAGCGUAUAUUUAUAGAUGUCUUAACAAUUACGAACAAGCUCACUUUUUUUUAAAGGAAGCUAUUGAUUUAAAUCCAAAAAGAUCAGUUGCUUAUUUUAUUUGUGGAGAAAUAUUUUUUAGACAAAAUGAUUAUGGUGAAGCAAUAUAUAAUUUAAAAGAAACAAAUUAUUUAGAAAGGUCAAUAAUUUAUAAAGCAAAAAUAAAUAACUCAUAUAUAUUACUCGGAAAUAGUUACUUAUUACGUGGUCAUUAUGCUGAUUAUGAUGGUUAUUAUGAUGAUGAUGAUGAUUAUGAUGAUUAUGAUGAUUAUACAGAAGCUAUAAAAAAUUAUAAUAUUGCAUUAAAAAAUGAUCCAAAUAAUUAUUUAUGUCUUAAAAAUUGCGCAUACGCUUAUGAAAUAAAAGAAGAUUAUUUAAGUACAUUAAAUUUAUUAGAUAAAUUAUUAAAUAUCAAUAAGGAGGAUUCUUUGGUUUUAUGUUAUUAUGGAGAAAGUUUAUAUAAUAUGACACAAUAUAGAAAAGCUAUAUCAUACUUUACAAAAGCUUAUACUAUAGAUCCAGAAAACAUUCAUAAUUUGAAUAGGAGAGCUAUUACAUACUAUAUUAUUAAGGAAUAUGAUAAAGUAUUAUCAGAUCUUGAUAAAAUAAUACAAUUAGAUCCAUUAAAUAGUUCAGCAUAUUAUCUUAAAAGUUUAACGUAUUAUACAAAGAAUGAUAAUAACAAUGCUAAAGUAUCAUUUAAAAAGUAUGCAGAAUUAUUGAAUUCUGAUAAUGAUUUAGCAAAGGUUCAUUUAUUUUAUCUAGAAUACUUGCUAAAUAAUAAUAGUUCUAAAGAUUUAAACGAUAUAUUAACAAAAAUCGAUCAAAUUCAUAAUUAUAGUUCUUUUGAAUAUGAAUUUCUACAGUUUAUUAAAUGCAAAAUUUAUAUUGAAUUAAAAGAGUAUAGUAAAGCAAGACUAGCUUUAAAUAAUAUAUGGAACUUUGUAUUUAUUAGUUAUAUUAUACAAGAGCAUCCAGAUUUUUGGUCAUAUUUAUAUGAAGUUUGUGAAAUUAACAAAAAUGAUUUUACCGAAUUUGGAAUUGUCGAUGAAUUUAGUAAAUAUAUGUAUGAAGAACAUGAUGUAUAUUUUGUUUCAAUUCUUACAAAUUUGAAUAGUGAACUUUGUCAAUUUCAAGAAAGUGAUAUAAGCAGUUUAUCAGGGCUGGUAUUGUCUUCUAAAAAUGGAAAUCUUCGUUUGGUUUUGCCUAUGCUAAAAAAUUAUAAGAAUUAUUUAAUUUGUAAAAUGAAUGUCAAAAAAAUAUUAUCUAAGGAUUGCUUUAUAAAAUUUAUAAUCAAUGACAAUUAUCAAGAUUGUAUGUUAAAACAUAAAGAUGUAUCAAAACUUGAGGGGUUAGGUUGGAUAGAAUAUCAGAUUUCAGAAUAUAGGCCACUUGAUGUUCAACUUUCAAUUGAAAUAAAUUCUAUUGAAAUGCAAAUAGAAUAUAUUCGAUUUGGAAGUAAUCCAAGAAAAGUAGCUUACAUUCCCGACAUGAGUUUUAUAAGCUAUUUGUUACCAGAUUAUCACAAAUUUUUCUCAAAUGUUCCAGAAACUUUCAAAGACAAGUAUUUUUCAAGAAAAGAAAUGGAAAAUUUACUUGAUUUAAAAGAUAUCCUUAACAGCUUAUAAUUAUAUACUUUUCUUAAUAUUAUCAUUUUUGCUAUAUUCAACAUACUUCAGAAAAUUUUUUAAAUAUUAAAUAAAAAGAAAAUCAUUCGUUUCAAGAAUUUAUUAUUGAAUAUUAAAAUUGAUACCUGUUGGAAUUUACAUCUACUCCUGGAAAAAUGCACAAACAAAUUUGUAUGGUGUAGAAUACUUCAUAAAAUGUUUAGUUACUCAACUUUAUAGUAAGUGAUAAAAUAUUAUAUAAAACAUUUAUUCAAAUUUUUAAUUAUAUUAGUUAAAUUUGACAGCCAAUGUUUUGUUAUUAAAGACAAGCAUCACUGAAUAAAAUGUAUCGUAUAUUAAUUUAUUUGAUACAAUAAAUCUUUACUAGA